UCAAACUGGUCCCUGUCCUUCCAAGUUUCACUCCACAAAUGCUCCAAGGUGUAACUACCAGCGUGAACUGCACAAACUAUCAUGUCAUUGUGAGUGGGGUGGGCAAGGUUGUCUCUGCAAUACCUCAGCAAAGACUACAAGCCAUUGCAGAUGUUUUACUCAAAUACCUGAAAAAAUCUGCUGCUGUCAUCAACCUACCAGUUUGCAGGCAAGGAAUCGACAAUGAUGCCCAAUGGGUUGAAACAAACCUGGGUCCAUUUUCUCAAUACACAACGUAUUCUGAGCUCAAAUUCUUCAACCUCUCUCAGGGAGCACUUUUGACUGUUCUUUCACCAACACAAAAAGCUGAGCUGCUAACGGAUCCAGACAGCGGUGCCUUGGAGGACGCCACCCUUGUGAAGGAGGUGCUCACAAACUUGACAGAGUCCGGGGAUACAGAGCAGCUCGCUCAGUUUUUCCAAGAGUUCACAACAACCCUCCAGCAGACAAACACAACCUUCAUCCAAAAUGUGGCUGUACGAGAGACCAUCUUAAACCUGACUUUGAACAGCCUUGCUCCUAAACUUGCCUCCUUUGAAGCAGAAGACUACGAGCUCUGGUUCCAAGUCUAUCUGUCUCCUGUGAUAGCAAGCAUCCAUCCUGACAGCCUGCGGGUGAUACCCAGUAACAUCAGCUGUGAAUCCUACAAAGCUAUAGUCACUGGUCUAAUGCAAAGCCUGAAAUUCCUGCCACUGGACAUUUCAAAGAGCGUGAGAUCUAGCUUGGCAUCACUACAGAAGACCUUCCCAGCUUGUGCAGAAUUUGAUUCUUUCAAGUGCAAAGAGACACAUGCUGAUGAAAUGCUCAUCUGCUCUGGGGUAGACAGCUCCAAACUCCAGACAACACUGAAAGAUGACAAUUCCACUUCAGCCGUGUGCAAUUUUACCAUCAUUGAACAUGCCUGUGCCACGCCAACAACACUCACAGCAGCCAACCUGGCCACACUCUUGAAAUGCUCUGUGGAAAGCAACGCACCAUAUGUGGUGGAAGUUUGGCAGCUUCUUUUCCAAAAAGCAUCUUCCGUGCUCCAACAGGCUCUCGCAGUGUUCGCCACCAUGGCCCCCACCACCAUGAACUCUGCCUAUUCAAAUUCUCUUGAUGCUCUGGGAGAAGUGGUAGUUAAAACCCUCACUCAGGAUCAACUGAAGAGUGAGGAUGCCAUUAGAAGUCGGUUCCAGACAGAGCUGCGUCCGUUCCUGGCCUCUCCGUCAACAAAUUUCCUCUCCUGCCUUGGCUCAUACAACUUCAGCUGCCAGACAUACCAGAUUGUCAUCGAAGCAUUCAGCAACCAAAGCUCACUGAUGGACAACAAGAGAAAGCAAACAGUCUUCACUCAUCUCAUCCAACCGUUCCUUUCCAGAAAAGAUUUGCCAGACCCUGGCUGUGUGUCAUCUGCCAAUGGUAGUCAGCUCUGGCUACAAGCCAACCUUGGAGAUUUCUCUGAAUUUGCAAGCAUAGAGGAUUUGCAAGCCCUCAAUCCAAACUUCUCCAGUGCCCAAGCCUUGUCAGAACUGUCUCCCUCUCAGGUAGCACAGUUACUGCUGAGCUCAGACAUCUCAAAUGACACCAAAUUGAUUGAUCGAGUCUUUGACCGACUGGAGGAUGGAAACGCUGUUGACAACGUGGAUCAAUUCUUUACAAAGCUCACAGAGCAGGGGAAGGUCCCCGAGUUCCAAGUUGACGUGAGGGAUCGCAUUAUGAACAGGACCUACAUCAUCGUCAGUCCAUCUUUCCCAAAGUUCACUGAAAAUGACUUGUUUGCUUGGUUCCACAUCAAACUGGUCCCUGUCCUUCCAAGUUUCACUCCACAAAUGCUCCAAGGUGUAACUACCAGCGUGAACUGCACAAACUAUCGUGUCAUUGUGAGUGGGGUGGGCAAGGUUGUCUCUGCCAUACCUCAGCAAAGACUACAAGCCAUUGCAGAUGUUUUACUCAAAUACCUGAAAGACUCUGCUGCUGUCAUCAACCUACCAGUUUGCAGGCGAGGAAUCGACAAUGAUGCCCAAUGGGUUGAAACAAACCUGGGUCCAUUUUCUCAAUACACAACGUAUUCUGAGCUCAAAUUCUUCAACCUCUCUCAGGGAGCACUUUUGACUGUUCUAUCACCAACACAAAAAGCUGAGCUGCUAACGGAUCCAGGCAGCGGUGCCUUGGAGGACGCCACCCUUGUGAAGGAGGUGCUCACAAACUUGACAGAGUCCGGAGAUACAGAGCAGCUCGCUCAGUUUUUCCAAGGGUUCACAACAACCCUCCAGCAGACAAACACAACCUUCAUCCAAAAUGUGGCUGUACGAGAGACCAUCUUAAACCUGACUUUGAACAGCCUUGCUCCUAAACUUGCCUCCUUUGAAGCAGAAGACUACGAGCUCUGGUUCCAAGUCUAUCUGUCUCCUGUGAUAGCAAGCAUCCAUCCUGACAGCCUGCGGGUGAUACCCAGUAACAUCAGCUGUGAAUCCUACAAAGCUAUAGUCACUGGUCUAAUGCAAAGCCUGAAAUUCCUGCCACUGGGCAUUUCAAAGAGCGUGAGAUCUAGCUUGGCAUCAAUACAGAAGACCUUCCCAGCUUGUGCAGAAUUUGAUUCUUUCAAGUGCAAAGAGACACAUGCUGAUGAAAUGCUCAUCUGCUUUGGGGUAGACAGCUCCAAACUCCAGAAAACACUGAAAGAUGACAAUUCCACUUCAGCCGUGUGCAAUUUUACCAUCAUUGAACAUGCCUGUGCCACGCCAACAACACUCACAGCAGCCAACCUGGCCACACUCUUGAAAUGCUCUGUGGAAAGCAACGCACCAUAUGUGGUGGAAGUUUGGCAGCUUCUUUUCCAAAAAGCAUCUUCCGUGCUCCAACAGGCUCUCGCAGUGUUCGCCACCAUGGCCCCCACCACCAUGAACUCUGCCUAUUCAAAUUCUCUUGAUGCUCUGGGAGAAGUGGUAGUUAAAACCCUCACUCAGGAUCAACUGAAGAGUGAGGAUGCCAUUAGAAGUCGGUUCCAGACAGAGCUGCGUCCGUUCCUGGCCUCUCCGUCAACAAAUUUCCUCUCCUGCCUUGGCUCAUACAACUUCAGCUGCCAGACAUACCAGAUUGUCAUCGAAGCAUUCAGCAACCAAAGCUCACUGAUGGACAACAAGAGAAAGCAAACAGUCUUCACUCAUCUCAUCCAACCGUUCCUUUCCAGAAAAGAUUUGCCAGACCCUGGCUGUGUGUCAUCUGCCAAUGGUAGUCAGCUCUGGCUACAAGCCAACCUUGGAGAUUUCUCUGAAUUUGCAAGCAUAGAGGAUUUGCAAGCCCUCAAUCCAAACUUCUCCAGUGCCCAAGCCUUGUCAGAACUGUCUCCCUCUCAGGUAGCACAGUUACUGCUGAGCUCAGACAUCUCAAAUGACACCAAAUUGAUUGAUCGAGUCUUUGACCGACUGGAGGAUGGAAACGCUGUUGACAACGUGGAUCAAUUCUUUACAAAGCUCACAGAGCAGGGGAAGGUCCCCGAGUUCCAAGUUGACGUGAGGGAUCGCAUUAUGAACAGGACCUACAUCAUCGUCAGUCCAUCUUUCCCAAAGUUCACUGAAAAUGACUUGUUUGCUUGGUUCCACAUCAAACUGGUCCCUGUCCUUCCAAGUUUCACUCCACAAAUGCUCCAAGGUGUAACUACCAGCGUGAACUGCACAAACUAUCGUGUCAUUGUGAGUGGGGUGGGCAAGGUUGUCUCUGCCAUACCUCAGCAAAGACUACAAGCCAUUGCAGAUGUUUUACUCAAAUACCUGAAAGACUCUGCUGCUGUCAUCAACCUACCAGUUUGCAGGCGAGGAAUCGACAAUGAUGCCCAAUGGGUUGAAACAAACCUGGGUCCAUUUUCUCAAUACACAACGUAUUCUGAGCUCAAAUUCUUCAACCUCUCUCAGGGAGCACUUUUGACUGUUCUAUCACCAACACAAAAAGCUGAGCUGCUAACGGAUCCAGGCAGCGGUGCCUUGGAGGACGCCACCCUUGUGAAGGAGGUGCUCACAAACUUGACAGAGUCCGGAGAUACAGAGCAGCUCGCUCAGUUUUUCCAAGGGUUCACAACAACCCUCCAGCAGACAAACACAACCUUCAUCCAAAAUGUGGCUGUACGAGAGACCAUCUUAAACCUGACUUUGAACAGCCUUGCUCCUAAACUUGCCUCCUUUGAAGCAGAAGACUACGAGCUCUGGUUCCAAGUCUAUCUGUCUCCUGUGAUAGCAAGCAUCCAUCCUGACAGCCUGCGGGUGAUACCCAGUAACAUCAGCUGUGAAUCCUACAAAGCUAUAGUCACUGGUCUAAUGCAAAGCCUGAAAUUCCUGCCACUGGGCAUUUCAAAGAGCGUGAGAUCUAGCUUGGCAUCAAUACAGAAGACCUUCCCAGCUUGUGCAGAAUUUGAUUCUUUCAAGUGCAAAGAGACACAUGCUGAUGAAAUGCUCAUCUGCUUUGGGGUAGACAGCUCCAAACUCCAGAAAACACUGAAAGAUGACAAUUCCACUUCAGCCGUGUGCAAUUUUACCAUCAUUGAACAUGCCUGUGCCACGCCAACAACACUCACAGCAGCCAACCUGGCCACACUCUUGAAAUGCUCUGUGGAAAGCAACGCACCAUAUGUGGUGGAAGUUUGGCAGCUUCUUUUCCAAAAAGCAUCUUCCGUGCUCCAACAGGCUCUCGCAGUGUUCGCCACCAUGGCCCCCACCACCAUGAACUCUGCCUAUUCAAAUUCUCUUGAUGCUCUGGGAGAAGUGGUAGUUAAAACCCUCACUCAGGAUCAACUGAAGAGUGAGGAUGCCAUUAGAAGUCGGUUCCAGACAGAGCUGCGUCCGUUCCUGGCCUCUCCGUCAACAAAUUUCCUCUCCUGCCUUGGCUCAUACAACUUCAGCUGCCAGACAUACCAGAUUGUCAUCGAAGCAUUCAGCAACCAAAGCUCACUGAUGGACAACAAGAGAAAGCAAACAGUCUUCACUCAUCUCAUCCAACCGUUCCUUUCCAGAAAAGAUUUGCCAGACCCUGGCUGUGUGUCAUCUGCCAAUGGUAGUCAGCUCUGGCUACAAGCCAACCUUGGAGAUUUCUCUGAAUUUGCAAGCAUAGAGGAUUUGCAAGCCCUCAAUCCAAACUUCUCCAGUGCCCAAGCCUUGUCAGAACUGUCUCCCUCUCAGGUAGCACAGUUACUGCUGAGCUCAGACAUCUCAAAUGACACCAAAUUGAUUGAUCGAGUCUUUGACCGACUGGAGGAUGGAAACGCUGUUGACAACGUGGAUCAAUUCUUUACAACGCUCACAGAGCAGGGGAAGGUCCCCGAGUUCCAAGUUGACGUGAGGGAUCGCAUUAUGAACAGGACCUACAUCAUCGUCAGUCCAUCUUUCCCAAAGUUCACUGAAAAUGACUUGUUUGCUUGGUUCCACAUCAAACUGGUCCCUGUCCUUCCAAGUUUCACUCCACAAAUGCUCCAAGGUGUAACUACCAGCGUGAACUGCACAAACUAUCGUGUCAUUGUGAGUGGGGUGGGCAAGGUUGUCUCUGCCAUACCUCAGCAAAGACUACAAGCCAUUGCAGAUGUUUUACUCAAAUACCUGAAAGACUCUGCUGCUGUCAUCAACCUACCAGUUUGCAGGCGAGGAAUCGACAAUGAUGCCCAAUGGGUUGAAACAAACCUGGGUCCAUUUUCUCAAUACACAACGUAUUCUGAGCUCAAAUUCUUCAACCUCUCUCAGGGAGCACUUUUGACUGUUCUAUCACCAACACAAAAAGCUGAGCUGCUAACGGAUCCAGGCAGCGGUGCCUUGGAGGACGCCACCCUUGUGAAGGAGGUGCUCACAAACUUGACAGAGUCCGGAGAUACAGAGCAGCUCGCUCAGUUUUUCCAAGGGUUCACAACAACCCUCCAGCAGACAAACACAACCUUCAUCCAAAAUGUGGCUGUACGAGAGACCAUCUUAAACCUGACUUUGAACAGCCUUGCUCCUAAACUUGCCUCCUUUGAAGCAGAAGACUACGAGCUCUGGUUCCAAGUCUAUCUGUCUCCUGUGAUAGCAAGCAUCCAUCCUGACAGCCUGCGGGUGAUACCCAGUAACAUCAGCUGUGAAUCCUACAAAGCUAUAGUCACUGGUCUAAUGCAAAGCCUGAAAUUCCUGCCACUGGGCAUUUCAAAGAGCGUGAGAUCUAGCUUGGCAUCAAUACAGAAGACCUUCCCAGCUUGUGCAGAAUUUGAUUCUUUCAAGUGCAAAGAGACACAUGCUGAUGAAAUGCUCAUCUGCUUUGGGGUAGACAGCUCCAAACUCCAGAAAACACUGAAAGAUGACAAUUCCACUUCAGCCGUGUGCAAUUUUACCAUCAUUGAACAUGCCUGUGCCACGCCAACAACACUCACAGCAGCCAACCUGGCCACACUCUUGAAAUGCUCUGUGGAAAGCAACGCACCAUAUGUGGUGGAAGUUUGGCAGCUUCUUUUCCAAAAAGCAUCUUCCGUGCUCCAACAGGCUCUCGCAGUGUUCGCCACCAUGGCCCCCACCACCAUGAACUCUGCCUAUUCAAAUUCUCUUGAUGCUCUGGGAGAAGUGGUAGUUAAAACCCUCACUCAGGAUCAACUGAAGAGUGAGGAUGCCAUUAGAAGUCGGUUCCAGACAGAGCUGCGUCCGUUCCUGGCCUCUCCGUCAACAAAUUUCCUCUCCUGCCUUGGCUCAUACAACUUCAGCUGCCAGACAUACCAGAUUGUCAUCGAAGCAUUCAGCAACCAAAGCUCACUGAUGGACAACAAGAGAAAGCAAACAGUCUUCACUCAUCUCAUCCAACCGUUCCUUUCCAGAAAAGAUUUGCCAGACCCUGGCUGUGUGUCAUCUGCCAAUGGUAGUCAGCUCUGGCUACAAGCCAACCUUGGAGAUUUCUCUGAAUUUGCAAGCAUAGAGGAUUUGCAAGCCCUCAAUCCAAACUUCUCCAGUGCCCAAGCCUUGUCAGAACUGUCUCCCUCUCAGGUAGCACAGUUACUGCUGAGCUCAGACAUCUCAAAUGACACCAAAUUGAUUGAUCGAGUCUUUGACCGACUGGAGGAUGGAAACGCUGUUGACAACGUGGAUCAAUUCUUUACAAAGCUCACAGAGCAGGGGAAGGUCCCUGAGUUCCAAGUUGACGUGAGGGAUCGCAUUAUGAACAGGACCUACAUCAUCGUCAGUCCAUCUUUCCCAAAGUUCACUGAAAAUGACUUGUUUGCUUGGUUCCACAUCAAACUGGUCCCUGUCCUUCCAAGUUUCACUCCACAAAUGCUCCAAGGUGUAACUACCAGCGUGAACUGCACAAACUAUCGUGUCAUUGUGAGUGGGGUGGGCAAGGUUGUCUCUUCCAUACCUCAGCAAAGACUACAAGCCAUUGCAGAUGUUUUACUCAAAUACCUGAAAGACUCUGCUGCUGUCAUCAACCUACCAGUUUGCAGGCGAGGAAUCGACAAUGAUGCCCAAUGGGUUGAAACAAACCUGGGUCCAUUUUCUCAAUACACAACGUAUUCUGAGCUCAAAUUCUUCAACCUCUCUCAGACAACUAUACUAAAUUCAGUUUCUUCUGGACAAAAAGCUGAGUUUCUCCUUGAACCGAGCAAUCUUUCCAAUGCCACCCUGGUCAUAGCUGUAUUCAAACGUUUCACUGCGUCAGCUUCUCUUGAAGACCUGCAGUCUUUCUUUAAUGUCUUUGUUGAUGGCCUUGCAAAGCCUAACGUCACUGUUGUCACCCCCAGCGUGCGUGAAAAUGUGUUAAAUUUAACAAUAACAGCACUCGUGCCAAAAUUUCACCUUCUAAACUCUGAGGGCUUCAGGUUAUGGUUCCAGGUUUACCUUCCAUUGUUCCUCCCAAGUGCCAACUCAACAACACUUGAAGUCCUUCCAAGAAACAUCUCCUGCAGCUCCUAUCAACAAAUUAUGAAAGGAUUCAACAACGUAAUCAGCCAACUGUCUGAGGCACAGAACCAGGGGUUUCUAAAGUUCGCAUUGAGCUAUCUCAAGGGCCAGUUGUCCUCCGGAUUCUCUUGUGUCGACUCUGGGACUGACACUACUGACAGAGACUGGCUUCAGGAAUAUUUUGGUCGGUUCCGUUUUCAAGCCUCGUUUGAGGAUUUUCUGUCCUUAAAGAAAGAUUUUAAAGGAGCUGAGGUGGCGGAUCUUCUCACUUUCAGUCAGCUGAAGGAGCUUGCAGCAAUCCCCUCACAGCUAAAUGGAACGCAAGAUGUCACAAAAGUCACGACGGUCAUCGCCCCAGCAGACUUUGCUGCUUUCUUUGAUUCACUCUCACAAGCAGUUGUGGCCAAGCCGGAGAACUACACACAGGAGGUGAAAUCUGCCUUCCUCCACGUGAUCUUUGACAGAGGGGAUCUUGCAGCUGUCGGUGAUGAUGACUUCCUGCAGUGGCUGAUGCGACUGAAGCCUUUACUCGUUGACCUCUCUCCAAAUCUGGUGAACCGCUUUGUCAGCCUCGCGGCAAACAGGAGCUGUGUCAUCAGCCAGGAGAUGUUAAACGUUCUGGACGCAAUACAGACAACGCUCAGCAACAUCACUAAAACAGAGAUCUACAAAAACAUCCUCCUUAUCCUCCAAGAUCAAAAGCCGCUGAAAUGCUACAGCGGUGGAAGCUUCUACCUCUUCCUGAAGAACACCUUCCUCAGCUUCGGCUUUCCAGAUGUGUCGACGCUCAUUUCUCUCCUGCCACCGACACGCAAGUCAGAGCUCCUAAACACCAUCAGCACCUCAGAACUGGGUCAACUCCUCAGUCAACCGGGGGUAAUUAAUAACAGUCCAGACGUCUGCAUCAUCUUCAGCCACUACAACAACACCGCCACCUUCCUACAGUCGGAGGACGUCCCAGAUGAUGUGAGGAGGACCAUCCUCCCCUGUGUGUGGCCCUUGGCUCUGAGCAGCAGCAGCAGAUCUGAGGUUGAUCUGUGGUUUAACGUACGCCUGAAGGACUACCUGAGGUUCCUCACCAAGGAGCUCAUUAGUUCUACUGAGGUCCAGAACGCCUCAUGUCUCGCCUUCCAGAAGCUGGUGUCUUUCAUGGGAAAUAACUUCACCUACAACAGCUCUGAGUUUGGUCGGGAAGACGUGUACAGCAGCAUCAGGAGCUACCUGAGCGCUGGUUCUGGAGUCAGAUGCUACGUUCCAAGAGAUCCAGAACUGAACUCUUCCUCCUGGUUUGUCAACUACAUCGGCAGCUUUAUCACAUUUAUCACUCUGGACGAUCUCACCAGCUUUGUCAACACCACUCAGAUCAAGGUGUUCUUGGAGGAUAAAGCUAAUCUGGAGCUCUUUAACAACACAGCCAUCCCACAGGACAUUUCUGCAGCCCUGGCAUCCAACAUCAAGACCGUCACAGCGCAAACGUUCCAGGAUCUGGGAAGUGCCUCUUCAGGCCUGACAAACAGCCAGAUCCUCUCAGCGCCUCCUGGAGUGCCGCUUUCUUCUUUGUCCACUCUGGGCUCAGUGACCACCUGGGGACAGGACCAGGCCAACACCAUCAUACGCUCCAUCACCUCUUCAGGUUUUCAGAUCACCAGCUCUGCCUCCCUGGAGUCCCUGGGUACUCUUGUAGUUGGAGUUCCUUCAGCGUCAAUGGACAAGAUCUCAGCUGCUGAAUUACUCACCGCCUCCAAGAACCCACUGCUGGUCUCCAACAUGCUGGCGGCCCCAAAAGUCGUCCAGGAGACUUUUAUCAGAAAGAUCAUUUCUGUGGACACCAGUCCAGCCAAAGUGGUGCAGAACGUCCCCGACGCAUUAGCAGCUGAGAUCCCACCCUCCCUGCUGGUCUUUGCUGAGGGGACCGCAGACAUCAGUGUGAUCAACAACAAGAAGUGGACAUCAGACCAGCUGACCUGCAUGUACAACCUGCUCCGUGACGACCUCUCUCUGAACUUCACAGAUUAUCCUUCAGACAUGCUUCUCUACUUGAAGAUGUCCAGAAAGGAAACUGCAGGGUCCUACUUUUCUGCACUGGGUGCUGCAGACUUCACUGUAGCCUCUGGUAUCUUGAACAAGGGCCCAAAGAAGUUCAGUGAAGCCAAGAACUGCUUGGGGAUCAGUGGCCCCCGCCUCAGCAGAGACAACGUGGAGGUCCUGGGGAACAUGGCCUGCAGCCUGGAAAGAUCCGACAUCGAGAACUCAGAUCCUCUCAUCCUGGAAAACCUCAAGGCCUGCAAAGAUCUCUCUGACGGCCAACCUACAAAGAAAAGGUUCCUUAAGAGGUUCAUGCCCAACUUAAGGAAAGAAAAAACACAGAAGACGAAGCUCAAGAAGCUGUUUAAAGAGAUCAACCCUCGAUUAACAAAGCGAGGAGCAGGAUGCACCGAGGGCAACAUCACCCAGGUGACCGUUAGCGACCCGUCUUUCCCCUUUGGCUACGAUCUGCUGCAGUUUGACCUCUGCCUGGACGUCCCCGUUCUAAAAGACAACCUCAACUCCAUCUGCCAGAAAGUGGAUGAUGACGGCUACCAAAAAGUCAUUCUAAACAAACUCAACCAGGCCUUCCCCACUGGAGUUCCUGACCAGGAAGUACAGAUGCUUGCCUCCGUAUCUCGCGCAGCAACACUUGAUGACAUCUCUAGAUGGAGCAUCACUAGCCUGGACACCUUGGCAGCUCUCAUGGACCCUGAAAAUGGACCCUGGGAAAAGCCAAAGAGCAAAGAAAUCAUCACCAAGUACCUGAACACCUCUGGAAAUUCCCUGGGCAGCAGGGAGCUGAACUUUAUUGACUCCAACCUUUGCUCAUUGGACACCAGCAUGUUGCAGAACAUCACAUCAGACAGUAUUGGAAACGCCAAGCUUCUUAAUGUGGCAUCGUGUUCAGCUGAGCAGAAGAGAGUCCUCUAUGAGAUCAGCAACAGCUCCUUCAGCAUCCAUCGGGAUAAUCCUGUUAUCUUUUACAACCUGGUUAAAGGCUAUCUCGGCGGAGCGCCUCGAGCGGACAUUGUCACGUUAUCAACACAGAACAUCAACAUGGAUGUCAACACUUUAACGAGUCUGGAUAAAGAUGUGAUAUCUGGUUUGACGGUGACAGACGUCCGAGGUCUCAUGGGGGAAAAUCUACCAGAUCUGAAGCUGUUUGAGAAUGACACUGUGGUUCAGACCUGGAGCAGACCCGAUCACGCCAGCACCUAG